AUGGACGCUGAAGAAUUGAGCAGCGUCCCUCCAGAGAAAGAGUGUACUGAUGAUUGGGAAGACUAUGAUGAGCAUGACACUGGAAAGCAGGACACGGACACUGAAGAGGUGAACAGUGUCUCUCCAGAGAAAGAGUGUACUAAUGAUUGGGAAGACUGUGAUGAGCAUGACACUGGAAAGCAGGAGACGGACACUGAAGAGGUGAACAGUGUCUCUCCAGAGAAAGAGUGUACUAAUGAUUGGGAAGAUUGUGAUGAGCAUGACACUGGAAAGCAGGAGACGGACACUGAAGAGGUGAACAGUGUCCCUCUAGAGAAAGAGAACACUGAAGACUGGGAAGACUGUGAUGGGUAUGACAUUGGAAAGGAGGAGACUGACGCUGACGAGAUGAACAGCGUCCCUCCAGGGAAAGAAGCAUGGGAAGACUAUAAUGAGCAUGACUUUGGAAAGGAGAUGGACGUUGACGAGGUGAACAGCGUUCCUCCAGAGAAAGAGAAUACUGAAGCAUGGAAAGACUAUGAUGAGCAUGACACUGGAAAGGAGGAGACGGACGCUGAUGAGGUGAACAGCGUCCCUCCAGAGAAAGAAGCAUGGGAAGACUAUGAUGAGCAUGACAUUGGAAAGGAGGAGACGGACGCUGAUGAGGUGAACAGCGUCCCUCCAGAGAAAGAGAAUACUGAAGAUUGGGAAGACUAUGAUGAGCAUGACACUGGAAAAGAGGAGACGGACGCUUACGAGGUGAACAGCGUCCCUGCAGAGAAACACGAGGCAGAUCAGGAAGACAAAGAAGACGCUGAGAGGGAAUGUGUUUCACUGAAGGUCAAGGAACCAGGAAUAAUGAUUGACACGCAGAUGGUUCAGGAAGGAGACUAUGAAGACGCUCACAGUGAGGAAAAGAGUCCAGCUGAAGAAGAGACUGCAACGGAAGGUGACCAUGAGACUAAAAAGGAGACGGACGCUGAAGAGCCAACACUGGUGAGGAAGAUGACGCCGAGAGUGAAGGCAAAGAAGGAACUGGAUUCGAGAAAGAAAACAUUGCCGUGUAGCCGCAAACGUAACGUGCUCUCGCUGAAAAGAAACAGAAAAGCGUCAGGAGAGAAGAAAAAGCGCUACAAGAGGAUAAAUGUGAAAUCAGUCCGCAGUAAGAUUGACUCUCACCGCAGCGUCCCUGCUGAUUACAAACCCGAGGUGGAUUUGAAUGUACUGGAGUCGCAGCCGCCACCCCCAGGCCCCGCGCGAGUGAGGUGGGCCCGAGAGGUGGCGGCCCUCAGAACGCGGAUGCGUACCCGGAAACAGACUAGUGCGCUGAGCCUUGUUCACGGCUCGCGCGCCGCUCACCGCUCACCGCUGAGUCACUCCUACUGA